AUGGCAGUAAAUCCUCACUCGGAACCGGCAAAGAUGGAACAGAUAAUCACAGAAUUCUUCGCAAAGAGUUUGCAUAUUAUACUUGAAUCCAGAUGUCCCUACGUCUCUUCACGUAAUUAUAGUGGGGAGCAAAUUUUGUAUUCUCCUUCUUCCUCUGCAUCGUCUUCUUCCAGUACGAGACCUAGAGAUAAGUGGUUCAAUCUGGCUCUCAGGGAUUGUCCUGCAGCGCUUGAGAAUAUCGAUUUUUGGCGACAGAGCAACCUUGAGCCGAUGGUGGUGGAUGUGGUUCUGGUUCAAAGGCCUCUCAAUUGGGAUUACACAAGUAGUUCCCCAAACCCAAGAGUAGCAUUUGAGCGAAACUCAUCAUCAAAAGAUCGAUUUCCUUUCGUAUGGAAAUCAGAUUCUGAUGAAUUUGGUAGUGAUGGGAGUACUGAAAAGAUCAUCGAGAGGUGGGUUGUUCAGUAUGAGAGCAAGAAGGGUUGUAAAGAAGCUUGUUCUGGUAGCAAGAGAUCUAGCUCCACCAGUUCGCAUGCAUUGUACAAGAAAUCAAUUUUGCUUCUAAGAUCCUUAUAUGUAACUGUUAGGCUUUUACCUGCUUACAAGAUUUUCCGUGAAAUCAACUCUUCUGGCCAGAUUCGAUCAUUUAACCUUAUUCAUAGGGUUUCAUCUUCUGUCGAGCCACUCAUCCGUAGAGAUGAAGCUGAAAUGCAGCAGUUCAUGUUCACUCCUGUGGAAACUUCUUGUGAUUAUGUUGGUAGUCCAUUAGCAGACCCACUAAAGAGGCUACCUUCAGUCCCAAUGCCUCAAUACUCUCCAUCUUCUUCUCCAUUUGGAAGGCGCCAUAGCUGGAGCUAUGAUGCAAACAGAGCAUCACCACCUUCAGCAUUGCCAUCACCAUCUCCUUCACCUACAUAUUCAGAAUCACGAACUUUACACUCUAAAUUUGGCAAUCAUCCUCAUCCUCAUCCCCAUCGCCCACCUACUAGCUCAUCACGUUACCCUUCACUAGAAAUAGCUCAAGUUCAUAACAAAGACAUGGGUUAUGAUGAGUAUGUCCCUUCUCCUAACUUUUCACCCUCUACAUCUCCAUCACCACCCAUGUAUCUUCAAGGAAGCAACAUGUUGAAGGUUCUCCUCCGUUCUGAUAGUGCUCCUGUUUACAUACCCACUUCUAGGCUUGGUGAUGCACCUUUAUCUUCCAAUAAGACAGUUUUACCCUUUUCUCCUCCCCAUAAAGGUACCAGACCAUGUCUUUCUUUACUGGAGAGAAGCCCAAGUGCACUCCAGGGUGCCAAGUUGUUGAAAGAAGAUCAUUCAAAGCCAUCUGGUGUGAAGAUUUCAUCAAACAGCUCUCCUCAUAAAUCUUUUUCUAGAAGCUGUAGCAGGUUAUCUUUUGAAGAUAGUUAUGAUGACUCUGAGUUUUCUGGUCCUUUUGUGGUUGAUGAUGAUGAGCUGAUUGAUCAUGGUAUUGGUAGCAGACCUGGUUCAUCAGAUAGAUCAGGAAAUCUUGGAACACCACAUGAACGUGCAGUUGGUGCUCUUGUUCAAAUGCUGAAAAAAGCACCACCACUUCAACAAGAUUUGAAUCGAUCACACUCACAGAAGCAGAUUCAGAUUCAAGAUCCUCCGCCUGUUGCCGCCUCAAACAUGGCGGCUUCUUCUUCUAGGGUUUCUCCGGUGAAGACCACAUCGGAUGCAUUAGAGGAGCUUAAAGUUUACAUGGACAUGAAACAGCUGCUGUUAAGGCAAUCGGGUAAGUCCUAAAAACUAAAAAGAUUGAUGAGAUUUGGAGGGGACUUUGUUUGGUUAUCGUAUAAUUUGGUGAAGGGUAUAUUCGUCUUUUUUUUUUUAAUGUUGGGGUUGACUUUGUACAUAUUUGAAAAUGUUGGUAUAUAUAUAUAUCCUAGUGUUAUGAAACUGCCAAUGAGGUGGUUGAUUUUCUGUUUCUGGAUUUUGGUUAUGAAGGGAGGGAAUAUAAGUUGGACAUAUAUAUGACUUUUAUUUUGGUUAUUUUGGAGAUAUUAUGAAAUGGGAAAAGAAAAAGAAUAGAGUUUGUGUUAUGAUUUGUUCAAGUAUUUCCCUUUUUAUUGCUAGUGUCAAUAUAUUAUGUAUGUGAAUUGUAUAUCGAUCCAUAAUUAGCUCAAGGGAUAAUUGUAAAAGCG